AUGGCGAUGAGGCAGACCCCGCUGGCCUGCUCCGGCCACACGCGGCCUGUGGUGGACCUGGCCUUCAGCGGCAUCACCCCCUACGGCUACUUCCUCAUCAGCGCCUGCAAGGAUGGGAAGCCCAUGCUCCGCCAAGGAGACACAGGAGACUGGAUUGGGACAUUUCUCGGACAUAAAGGUGCUGUCUGGGGCGCCACUUUGAAUCAGGACGCCACCAAAGCAGCUACAGCAGCUGCCGAUUUCACAGCCAAAGUGUGGGAUGGCGUCUCAGGAGAUGAGCUGCUCACUUUGGCUCACAAGCAUAUUGUCAAAUCAGUAGACUUCACUCAGGACAGCAAUUACCUGUUGACAGGGGGACAAGACAAGCUGUUGCGUAUCUAUGACUUAAACCAGCCUGAGGCAGAUCCUGAAAUGGUGAGCGGCCACACAUCUGGUAUUAAGAAGGCUCUGUGGAGCAGUGAUGACAGACAGAUCCUUUCAGCCGAUGAUAAAACUGUCAGGCUCUGGGACCGAAGCACCUUGACAGAAGUGAAGGCCGUCAACGUGGCCAUGUCCGUGAGCAGCAUGGAGUACGUCCCAGAAGGGGAGAUACUAGUGAUCACCUAUGGAAGGACGAUCGCCUUUCACAGUGCAGAAACACUGGAGCAGAUUAAAUCAUUCGAGGCGUCCGCAACAAUCAAUUCUGCCUCGCUUCACCCUGAAAAAGAAUGUCUGGUUGCAGGGGGCGAAGACUUCAAACUUUAUAAGUACGAUUACAAUUCUGGCGAAGAGCUUGAAUCAUACAAGGGGCACUUUGGGCCCAUUCACUGCGUCAGAUUUAGCCCAGAUGGAGAGCUAUACGCUAGUGGCUCUGAGGAUGGAACGCUAAGACUGUGGCAGACGACAGUAGGCAAAACAUAUGGUCUCUGGAAAUGUGUGAUUCCUGAAGAAGAAGGGGGAGAGCUGGUGAAACCAAAGGUCAGCCUUCCAGGAACCGCUGAAGAAGAACUAGAAGAUCUCGGCUCUGAAAAUUCAGAUACCAUCUACAGCACGACCCCCGAAGUGAAGGCUUGAGCUUCGUGGCCGCCAACUGCAACACACGGACAUUU